GGGAGCUGUCACGCAAAAUAUCCCCACAACAACAAAAUCAAUGUUUGUUACCUCCUUUCACUGCACGUUCGCUGUUUUUCUUCGCCGCGCAGCAACAUAAAUCCAGAGUUUUCUCGCAGGGAUGAAAAUUACCAAAGAAAAUCUUUCCGACAUCCGGGAAGACUACGAAAAGGCGCAUCGCUACAUCGACGAGGAAAGCAAAAAUGAUCCACCGACGGAACCGUUCCGUUCGCAUUACAUCGCCCGGGACGUCCUAAGCAGUGCGCUGCGAAAGGUGAAAACUCUCAGCGAAGCGCUCGAACCGGACAGUGAAGUGGCCACAACGGUUCGUUGCAUUCAUGCAAACAUCCUGAAGGAUAUUGCCAAAAUUACGAUCUUCGUAGAGGAACCGCGUGGCGAGGUGUUGCUAAAGGAGGCACUCGAACUGAUCGCGAAGGACCACGAGAAGGAACCGGCCAUCAAUGUGCGCAUCGAAAUACUCAACCAACUCGGCAUCAUGGCAUGCAAUCAGUCGAACUUUGUCGAAUCGAAGCAGUAUUUGGAUCAGGCAAAGGAUGUGUAUUUCGAAACGAAGGAGCUCGACCGUGAACCGCUUACGAUGGCCGAUCUGUUCGGUACGAAGGAGGAGGUCGAGAAGGGGAAGGGCUUGAAGUUGCUCGAAUCGAACCAUACGCUCACGCUUUACUAUCUGGCGCAAGUGUUUGGUUUUUUGGAUAAUUUAGCCGACUCGGCACAGUACUGCCACAUGACGCUUCAGCGCCAGCUAGAGUACAACGAGUACGAGCAUGUGGAUUGGGCCCUGAAUGCUGUUACGCUUUCGCAGUUUUACUUCCCGAAAAAUCAUCUCACCCAAGCGAGACAUCUCCUCGCAGCUAGCACCUUCAUGCUGAACCGGUACGAAACGGAAGUGGUGGAAAAGGCCGCCAAUCCAACGGAUCGGGCCGAAAAGGAGGAAAUCCUACGCUACCGUAUGGCGGACGUUGGACGGUGCUGGGCCAAGUACGGGCUGCACAUUCUUGCCACCUCGAAGGAACGGCUCAGCGCGGACGAUGAACCGAACGAGGAUGGAACGCGCGACGCACCGCUAACACCGGUGAAAAAGGUGACCCGUUUCACUGGGCUCGAUCUGGCCGCUUACGAAGGGCAGGUGACGGACGAGUUUUGUCUCACGUUUGACGACGCGAAGCUCGUCAUGCUGAACUCGCUUUCGUGGCUAAACAAGGCGAAGGAAUACUACACGAAGGAAACGGAAGCUUCACAGUACGCGAAAAUUCUGCAGGACAUCGCCUCGCUGUACAAACAUUUGGCAUUCUUCGAGGAGGACGAUGGUAACCAGUGCAAGCUGUACAAGCGGGGUGCGGAUCGGCUGGAGGAGAUUGUUGAAAUACUAAAUGCAACCUACUAUCAAACGAUUUGCAGGGAAGCUUGGUACGAGCUGGGGCUGACCUACUCGAACAUGCUGAACGUGAAGCUGGGCCAGCUGGAUGAUAAGCAGCCGAACGAUCACCCAACACCGCACGCACUCAACAAAAUUAAUCAUCUGUGCGAGAAAAGCAUAAGAAACUUUAAGAAAUUCAUCGAAUCGUACAAAAUCGAUCUCGACACGCUGGACCUUCCGGACGGCAUUAGCGAGGACGAGAUGCAACCGAUACUGUACGCUUACUUCCACAUCGGACGGCUGUACUAUCGCAUCAUAACGCCCGACAAGCGGCUGAAGCUGAAGAACACGGAAAACAGUCUGUUUUACUAUAAUCGGUUCGUUGCCUGCUGUCAGGACGAACGGAUGAGGCCACUGUUUGGGCAGGAGUUGGGUGUUUGCAGGGAAAUCAUAACGCUGCUACCGUUGAAAAUUGAAAAGCUAAAGACGGAGAUAAGGGAGGGAUAGAUUGUGAGUUAUUGAAACUACUACCUUUUAAUGGACCUUUUCCCCUGGCUAGUCUGUAGAGUGUGGGUGCAGCAUUGUGAUUAAACGCUUGCGACGCGUUUCUUUCGAAAAGAAGCGAUUAAAUUAUUAUUAGCGGCCCUUUAAAAAAACGAUAUAAUUAGCAGCUGUAUUAGGUGUUGCUCGUAAAUUAGCUGUAACACUGGACGCAAUGGAAUAAACGUACAUUUAACCGAACAGCCAAA